AUGAAGUUGAAAUUCACCUCAAUUAUGUACUUCUUAACAAAUGAAGCUGCAAGACAACUGGAUGAGUAUCUCACUAGACUCAACAAGCAGAUGUUUAAUGCCAAGAACAUGUUGGCUGCCUGUGAUCCCUGCCAUGGCUGCUACCUAAUGGCAGCUGCCAUUGUUAGUGACUGCAUGUCCAUGAGGGAGGUGGAUGAGCAAAUGUGUCACAUCCAAAACAAGUACAGCAGCUACUUUGCUCAUUGGAUCCCCCACAAUAUGAAAAGAGCUGCCUGUGACAUCCCACCCCUUGAGCUAAAAAUGUCUGUUACUUUCACCAGUAACAACACAGCCAUCCAGGAGCUGUUCAGGUGUAUCUUGGAGCAGUUCACGGCCAAGUUCAGGUGCAAGGCCUUCCUGCACUAGUACUCAGGCAAGGGCAUGCAUGACAUGGAGUUCACUGAGGCUGAGAGCAACAUGAAGGACCUGGUGUCUGAGUAUUAACAGUACCAAGACACCACAGAGGAGGAGAGAGAGUUUGAGGAGUGGGCCGAGGAGAAGGUGGCUUAG